ACGAACAGUUUCGGCUGGACUGUGGAAGUGUUGCGGUGUGUUUUUUACGUUGCUCCGUAUUUGUAUGAUUUUCGAAGUUAAUAAGCCUUUUCUAUUGAGUUUUCACCAUCCCAGAUAAAUCUUCAGUUUAUGAACUUGUGUGAUCAAUAUCGUACUGUUUAAAGCAAAACAGAACUGAACAGUUGAUGUUGUGGACGUGCAUUGUAUCGUUGAAGGAAAAAAAAUAGCUUCGGUUCAAGGAACGAUAGUGUAAGAGAGGAAAAUUGUUUUGCUUUUCCGACGCAAGGAUUACGUCACGGUACGGUCGGAAAACGGUUUCCAACAGUGGAUUUAUGCGAAAGAAUCGACGGUAGAGUGUGCGCGGUGGUGCUCGAGAAGUAAUGGCAUUUAUUCCGGAAAACGGAAAUGGGCAUACAAGAAAAUUUAUGUGAAAAUUGAUUAACAUACACACACUAUAGAUGAAAGAAUCAGGGAGUGUUUAACAUAUGUGGGAGAAGUAGUGUCGAUAAAGGAAACAAAAUCUCUGUGUGUAAAUUGUGUGCACUACUCUAAUGUUAGAUAGAAAUGUGAUGUAUGGAAAGUAGUGUUCAAAAUUGUUAUGAAGCAAGCCCGUGGUUUGUUAGCAAAAACAUGUCAUAAAUAGUAUCUCUAGCAGACUAUCAUUUUUUUCGCCGCAUUUCAUCUCCAGUGUCUGCAAUCGAUUCGUUCGCUUCGCGAUCGCAAAAGAAUAAGAACAAACAGCCGAUCGAUCGAGCGUGCCAUAAUUGAUGAUUUGACAGUUCGCAGCUACAAGGCAGCGAGUAACACACAAACCUUCGGACGUCCGGAGGUUUGCCUCGCGGGGACUAUUAUUUAUCGGACUUCUGAACUCUCGCCAACUCUGGUGAGACAAAAGCAAAAUCUGCCAAAAACAAAAGCCCAGCCUCCGCGGGCCGGACACGGGGUGAAACGAUCGAAACGAAGAUCGAUCCCGAGAAGGUCUUCUACGACAACGACGACGUCGACGACGGCGAGAAGGCCCCGGGAAGUGUAGAGCAAAGAGGAACGAUUCUUACCCUGACUGGUAGACCCAGGCCGGUCGGACGUCUCGGUUUGCUCGAGGAGCCCAGCAAAACGUGCGAGACACAAGACCGUACGUGAAAGACGAAGGAGAAGAACGCAGAGAUCCCGAGACGCUCGAGGCAGAUCCAGACAUGGCGCCGAAAUCGAGAAGAAAGAAGGCAAAUGCACGUGCGCUUCAGUGCUACUGCGAAGGACAUUGCCCGGGAAAUCUACAGAAUGGAACCUGCGAGACGAGGCCCGGCGGAUCCUGUUUUGCUGCUGUCGAAGAAGUGACCGAUGAAGAGACUGGACUGAAGGUACCGGAAUGGAGCCACGGAUGUAUGCCACCGGAGCAGAACGGUGGAUUGUUGCAGUGUAAAGUCGGAGCCCAAUCACCACAAAUCCACGGCAAAUCGAUCGUCUGCUGCGACAACGAGGACUUCUGCAACAAAGACCUGCUGCCUGAGUACGUACCGAAAACGACAACCCCGCCUCCGAUGGCUAACGUGAACGACACCAGCAUACACACGCUGGCCCUGCUAGCAUCGGUAGUCAUCUGUUCGAUAGCCUUCGUGGUGGUCAUCAUUGCGGUUUACGUUACAUACAAGAAGCGCGAGAAAAGGAAACCUCACUGUCUGAUGGAUUCGGUGUGUAAUCCGAACAUUUCACCGCUAGCCGAUUUGGUGGAACAGAGCAGUGGGUCCGGUUCCGGUUUACCGUUGCUAGUACAGCGAACAAUUGCCAAGCAGAUUCAAAUGGUACACUCCGUUGGUAAGGGUCGGUACGGUGAGGUUUGGCUGGCCAAGUGGCGUGAUGAGAAAGUUGCUGUGAAAAUUUUCCUAACCACCGAGGAAGCUUCCUGGUUCCGGGAGACGGAAAUCUAUCAAACUGUUCUCAUGAGGCACGAAAACAUUCUUGGAUUCAUCGCAGCGGAUAUUAAGGGAACUGGAACAUGGACACAAAUGUUGCUCAUAACCGACUAUCACGAGCUGGGAAGUCUGUACGACUACCUGCAGAAGCGGGUACUUAAUCCACAUAUGCUGAAGACGUUAGCUUUGUCGCUAUCCUCUGGGUUGGCCCAUCUUCAUACGGAAAUUUUCGGCACCCCUGGCAAACCAGCGAUCUCUCACAGGGACAUCAAGAGUAAGAAUAUACUGGUGAAACGCAAUGGUCAAUGCGCAAUCGCUGACUUUGGUCUGGCCGUGAAAUACUCCAGCGAAUCGGAUGAAAUUCAGAUCGCUCCCAACACUCGCGUCGGAACUCGUCGAUAUAUGGCACCGGAAGCUCUGAAUGAAACACUUGAUACGAAAGUUUUCGAAGGCUUCAAACAGGCAGAUAUGUACUCACUUGGUUUGGUCUUCUGGGAAAUGGCGCGCCGGUGUAUCAGUACCAUUCGGGGAACGAAGAACACCACGUGUGAAGAUUACGCUUUGCCCUAUCAGGAUGUGGUCCCUUCGGAUCCCAGUUUCGAGGACAUGUACGCCGUCGUUUGCGUGAAGGGAGUUCGACCGCCAAUCCCUCAGCGAUGGCAGGACGAAGAAAUUCUCGUAGUAUUAUCCAAGAUGAUGCAGGAAUGCUGGCAUCCGAAUCCUGCCGUUCGGUUAACUGCUUUACGAGUUAAGAAGACCCUCGUGAAGCUGGAGACGGACUGUUCGAUUAAAAUAGUAUAGGCCACUGAAUGAUCGACUUGCGUGUUUGUAUGUGUGUGUGUGUUUGAGUGCGAUAGAAAAAGAAACCCGAUAGAGAUAGAGAUAGUGAGUUUUUAUUUAUUCUAAAUUGUUUUACUUUAUUCGCUUGUAAGUGCUCUUUAUUAGAUCGUAAGCUAAGAUACUACAACAUAGCACUAGUUGCAAAAUCCCACAAUGUGAAGCACUGUUGAAAUACUGAAACAAACUGAGAUGCCAUAAUGUGGACUUAAAUGUUGUCCUACAGAAAAUAAAUCGUUUUUUUAGGUAGAACAUUUCCAAUGGCAACGACGGUACUCGCUUUGAGAACCCUCACUGUAAAUAGCAAUCUCUUUUCUUUGUGUUUCACGUUUCACCGCCAAACACUAGCCUCUACCGUUCUCGGCAAGCAGGAAACGAACUUCCCUUAGUUGUUAAUAGCUUUAAUUAUUGUGAAGCAGAAAAAAUGCCAUAUAGUUGUAAAGCAAGGAUUUCACCAAAAUAGAAAACCAGAAUUUAUGUUUGGCGCAUUGGACAGAUAUAACACGUACACUUCAACGCUUUUUUGGCUAGGAGCAGAACAGUUGCCUUCAUUUUCAACUCAAUCGACUGAUAGGUAUUCAUAGAAUUGGCCUUCAAUGGAUAAAAACUGAUGAUAUUUUUCCUUGGAAAAAGUAGUUAAUCAAGAUAUGCCUUAUCUUUGAAUUGAAUUGAUUAUAAAUAAGUGCAUUACAAUAGCAGUCUCUCUGACACAUAACUGAUUUCGCCAACGAACCAUAGCAAAUCAUCCCUAUUUUUAAGAGGGCUUAAAAAUUUUCUCCGUUCAUCGACUCAUAGAACAGCUUAACUGUAAGCUGCAGUACCGGAGCGCUUCUGGUUAUGUUUCCAACGGAAACAUCCAUGAAAGCAAGCAACCUAAAAUAACUCAAUGCAUUGUACAGUUUUUUUUAGCAAUUUUACGAUUGUAUAAGUCUACUCUACUUUAAUAAGAUUUCCAUUUGUUGCUGUAGUUUAAUUACGAAUAAAGCUAACUUUUAGUAAAAGAUAUCGGUUUAGUUUUGUUUUCUGUAAAUAGACAAAAUGUUUUUGUAAUGGUUAGAAACUGCGGACUAUCGAGCGGCAGAAUAAAGUUUUAAUAAACUUUUGUGAAGCGGAACUGUGCGAUGUUUUCGUCGUCCUGAAUACAAACGUCAAAAUGAAUAUUUUUCGACGCUAGUUUUAGAUAAAUGUAAAUCCUUGAGGUCCUACGAACCGAAAAAAAGAAAUGAGUCGUAAGCUAUAUUGAAAUAUGUAUGUUAACAAUAAAAAUUAUUUUAAAAAUGUAAAA